AUGCCCCCCCAUUCAGUCUUUGAAUGGGUAAUCGGUCAAAACCUUCCAAAAUCAAAACUGAAAAAGGAGGCUGCCCCUCCUCCCCCUCCUCCGGCAUCCGAACCUCCCGAGGAGGAAGAGAAGCCAGAGCAAGUCUACAAAGUCGAAUUUACUACCGACGAAGAAACCGAUACCGAGUCCGUCACUGUCACUUAUCCUCGUUCAGGCGGCCCGCGUCACCACCGUUUUCGGCACAUUCCCCCGCCUGCUCCAGAACCAACUGGUGUUCGCGCAAGUUCCAGGCCGAGAGGCAGGGUUCGGACUCGCAAGCCUAAGAAAAAGAAGGUUUGUUUUGAAGAUGAGAAGCGUCCCCUCAAGCCGGCGCUGAAGAAACGCGGUUCUCGGCACGAGCCUGAGACUGGGUCAGAGACCGAGUCCGAGACCGGGUCGGAUGAGAGUUAUUAUGAUGAGUAUGAGGAAGAGUAUGACAGCGAGUAUGAUGAUACUGAGAAUGAGGGGUCAGAAUCAGAAUCUCCUGAGGAGCACUAUCGUGGCCGCAGGCGGUAUCCCAGCCGUCAUCGUCGGUCAAAGAGCAAGAGAAGGAUUACCAGAAGGCGUAGGGUGAGGAAGUCGGCCAAGAAGGCUGAGUCUUCUGAUGCCGCAACUACUGCCAGUGAAUCGAGCGCCGAGACUUCAGAGGUUGAGUCCUCUGCUGCAGAGCAGACUCCAGCUGCUGCUCCGGCUGCUGCUCCGGCUAUUGCCCCAGCUUCUGUUCCAGCUCCGGCUUCAGCUUCUGCGCACACUGGAUCUCACCAGGACUGUGUCUGUGCCUGCUGCUCGACAGGUCGCCAGAUACUCGCCAAGAUGGAUGAAGUUGUGCAGGCAGCUUCCAAGCCUGCUCAGAAGGAUGCUGGCGGCAACGCUAACAAGAAAAAAUCUGCCCCUAUCCCUGCGCAGAGCAAGACGGAAGCCGAAACCACUGACAAUGCUUCCGCCAGCGAGAUUGCUGCCACUGACUCGGAGCCCGAGCCACCCAAACGUCAGCAGCAGCAGCAGCAGCAGCAGCAAAAGGGCAAAAGCCAGAAAAACCAGGACAACAAUAACAAUAACAAGGGCCAGGCCAAGCAUCAACCUCAAAAGAGCAGCAUGAAGAAAAUUCAAAUUGAGGAGCCGUCGGAGUCGGAGGCUGAGCUGUCUAAGCCUAGGCAAGCUCUCAAGGGUAACGGGAAUCAGAACCAGCAGAAGGGUCGCUCUCAGCAGGCCAAAAACAACAACAACAAACAGGUCGAGGAGUUUCCAGCUGUGGAGACGACCGAGACCGAAGCUGUUAGCGAGUCAGAGCUCGAACUGCCGAAGAAAACUAAUCAGUAUCAACGUGAGAAUCAGCAUCAACAUCGUCACCAUCAAAAUGGAAGACAGAAGAAGCAGGCUGAUGAAGUCUUUGUUACCUCAACCGACGCCAAAGCAUGCAGUGAAUGUGAGGCCGAGUCCGAGUCCGAACCUGUUCACAGACAGCGCCAGGCGAGAAAGAGUAAUGGCAACAAGAAGAACAACCGUGUCACAUUUGCUGAGCGUUGUGUCUCUGACACUGAGUCUGUUACCUCUUCCACCUCGUCAUCGAGCAGACCCAAUCCUCACCACCAUCACUGCCCCGAGUGCGUAGCUAAGAGCAGGAAUGGUCGGCGCAGAAGCAAGGACAGCGCCAGCGAGACGUCCGAGGUGACCGAGUCUGAAACCGAGCAGCUCAACCGGCGCCGGUCGAAGCAAAAGACACAAACGAAUCAGAACAACAACAAUCGUCGAGGCUCGAAGGAGAAGACUGUCCCUCAGGAAUAUGGCAACCGUCGUAGCUCAAGCAGCAAGCACCAGAACACUCAUCCCAACCAGAUCCUUCCCACUCGCACCAAGCACAUGUCUAUCGAACAUGUCUCUGAAGACCCCUCGCGCGACCCGCCCCCUAACUCAUACUACGAUCCCGAGAAUAACAUCUGUCGGGUGUACCAUGGUCCCCUGUGGGGCAACCCGUGGGCUUCUACCUCUCACCAGCAUCAACAUGCUACCAAGGGUUCGCCUUCCACGGUAAGGGAGGAAGCCAAGGUCGAGAAGAAGAGAGAGAAGCGUCGUCGGAAGGAGUCUGCUGAAGCGACGCAGGAGAGUGUCCAUGGGGAGCAUAACGCGCCGGUUCACAUGCCUGGUCCUCCUCCCCCAGGAUAUCCCAUGCCACCUGGCCCGGCUUCGACUAUGUCUGGUCAUGUCUGGGGUCCACCUCCUAAUAUGCCUGGUUAUCCUCCCAUGGCAGCUAACAAUGUGCCCGGCUACCCGCCCGGCGGUCAUGGCUACCAUGGGCCUGCUCCUGGGUUCCAGCCGUGGACUGGUCCGCCCCCGUUCGGUAAUAACAUGCCGUCUGUGAUGCCUUUGUCGGGCAUCCCUGUGUCACCAAGCCUGGCAAAAUAUGUGGGCUUCGAUCUUGACCCAUCACUGUUUGGUACGAGAGGAAUAGCCAAUCAAACACGUGGUCAAGACCAGAAUCAAAACCAGGACAACCAGGGCGGGAACAACUCUAAUUACAACAUCGGCGGCAAUCAAGGAGACGGCGCAGACUUCAGCAACUGGGCCAACUACCGCUUCGGCAUGGGCAUGGGCAAUCAGUUCUGCCCGCCGCCGUCCAAUUGGAAGAAGAUGACAAACAGUGACCAGGGCAACAACAAUGAUAACUCUGGCAACAAUCAGCAGUCAAACAACAAUCAAAUUCACAGCAACCAAGGUCAGGAGAACCAACAAAGCCGGAUCAAUUCAAACUCUAACAACAACUCCCAGUCGAACAACAGUAACAACAACGACCGUCGCGGAUCGAAUUCAGGAAGGAAUAACAAUUCCGGCAACAACAACAGCAAUCCUCCCAGCUGUCGCAAUUCCAACCAUCCCUCUCCAAAAACUGUCACGAACGACAAUUCCAACGACAACAUCUCGGGCUGGGGCACUAACGAAAAAAAUAACAAUGAUAACUGGGACUCAAACGAGAACAACAAUAACAACAACUGCAACUCCCCGGAUAGAAUCUGUCUGAGGCUGCCCAACGCGGCUACCUCCAGCAACCGGAGCACGAUGCCCGGUACCUGGGACGAUGACCCUAACAACAAUAACAAUGACAAUGGCAACGACAACUCUGGCAGUGGGAACCACAACAAUGGAAAUGAUGAAUGGACUCCUGGAGGUGGCGGUGCGAACCUUGAUCCCAACGAGGGAUGGUAG